AUGGCAGACAAGCCGAGAGGCUUGCAGGUGGCAGCGUAUCGGUACAACUGCCAACCGUGCAAGCAACGUAAGACCAAGUGCGACCGCGUCAAACCGUGCGCAAGUUGCCAUUUGAGAGGCACGCAGGACAAGUGCUAUGCGGAAGAACAUGAUGUUGCGACUUCGCCGACGAGUUCGGCUACGAGGGCGGCGAGGCCACACAAGAAGGCGAGGUUCAGCGAAGCGGAUGCAAUCGCCGGUAGUACUUCCAGACUGCCAUUCCACACACCCUCGCCGCAGAAAGCAUCACCCUCGGGGCCAGCAGCGAUGACACCAGUAGCUUCGACCUCCUCGUUGGCACAGGAAAGGACGAGUGCGAUCCAAGAUCAUAUCGCUUUGCUUCGCAGCACGAUCGACCAGUUGGAAGCAUCCAUUCUUCCAGGUUCCGGAAGCGGCAAGCAUCCCUCAUCUCACUACAACGAUAUGGAACCGACUUCGGAUCUUGUCUUGACUACAGAACCUCGAGUCGUAUGGGCAGACGUGGCGCAUCUCUUCCCGCCCAAGCGCGACGUCGAAAGGAUCUUGGAAUACUUUCUGAACGAGAUGGUCUACAUCAUGAUCCCGGUCCAAGGGAAGCAGUUCUGGCGAGCGUGGCUUCGACUCAGCCAGCCCAGCGCUCGAGGCUCGCCCGCAUGGCGUGAUCGGGACCAUGAUGUCGAGCCCGAGCCGCCAGGCAUCUCACGAUCGAUGGUAGCAAGCUUGCUCAUGUGUCUUGCAUCCACCUCUUUCUUGAUACCGCAAGCAAGGGAGCACGAGCUCGAGCUGACCUUUGGCAUGGCCGAGCAACGCGACCACUGGAUCACAUGCGCUCUGGCGCUCGCUCGAUGCGGUAUCAGCUUCCACAGGAUUGGGACAGCUGACCAACAGCAGCAGCCGUUGAUGCACUAUGUCGACUCUACUCUCGACACUUCCUUGGACAGGUUCGGCUUCGAUACGCUCGCCUGCCGAGUCUUUUCCUUGAUCGGAAUGAGCGAGAUGGCAUACCAAGUCAACGGCGAAUGCCUGCGUCGAGCGGUCCGCAUCAAUCUCUUCGACGAGACCUCACCCAAAGCUGCCGAACUGUUUACGGUCGACGACGACGAGCUGACGGACGAGGAAAUCCUGCACAUGAGAAGGAGGAUCGGCAUCCAGGCAGUGGUCACGGAGAGAUGGACCUGUCUCUACACGGGCCGACAGCCCAUGAUCGACGAAGACGCAGAGACACUGCCCACGCCGGCGGCUAGCGAAUGGUCCGAGAUCGAAGAUCUUACGCUGCUCUUCUCUCGUUUCGUGUCCAAGCUCCGAAGACUUCCAGCACAACUCGCCAGCCUGACGUCGCGCAAGCCUGGCGAUUGGUCGUCUCAACGUGCACGCGACCAAGAAGCGGUCCAGCUUAUUCUUGACAUCGAUCGCGGCCUAUGCUCGGUCUACGAUCCAUCGCUCCCACGCGCCUCCACCGGCGGACGAUCCUCCUCGCAGAUCCUCGCCGAACUGCCUGAGAUACUGGAGCGCAACCAACACCUGUCGAUGAGCGAUGCACAGCUCAACCAGAUGCAUCGCGACUUUGCCAAUGCGCUCAUCAUGACCUCCUCGUGGUUGUCGUUGCGUUGCCUGGUGACGAGCAAUCUGAUGUUCGUACCGUGGGUCAGCGAUGUUGCUUCGCGGUACUGUGCGUUGAAUCUGGCGAGGAGGUUGAUCGAGUUGUUGCCGAGUAUUUGGAUGAUGACCAGCUCGCCCUACGUGCCGUUCAGCUCGAGCUGGAUCAGUCGACAUCUGUUCUUGGCGUGCACCGUGCUGAGUGUUCCCAUCCUCGGACAGGAAUCGGCAAGCGCAUCGUCUACGCAGGCAUACGUGGAUAAGCAAGGAUCAUCGCACGAAGACGGCGCUCGGACAGGCGAGUCUGCUGGCGAUGCAACAUCAAGCGAUAGACCAAGCGACUUUGCACCAUCCCGGAUGCAAAGCAAGCAGAUCUUUUCCAAACUCUCGUCCAAAAUCCUCGACGGCAACAGCACCUCGAAACGACUUCCCGCAUCCUCGUCCGUCGAUCUCGACUGGUUCUCCGGAAAACUGGUCGAGAUCGCAUCGCUCUUCAGCAAGCUUGCCGAACGCGGCGAUCAGACGGCAGGUGUCAAUACGAAGCUCAUCGAUAUGUUGCUCAAUGGUCGAGCCGAGCUGCGCGAUCGGGUGCUGCUUAAAUGUGGUCAGAAGCAGAAUCGCGCUCUGAACAUGCAGCUGGUCAACGGUGGUAUGGGGCGAGACGGUGGUGGUAGUGGUAGUAUGGGUAGGAUUGAGAGUCAGAGGGAUUUGACGACGUUUGUGAGUGCAGCGAGUGCGGGAAAGAGUUCUCCGAGCAGCACGGGGACUAGUCCUGCGGUCAAUGCUGGUGCUGGAUCGCCGUCAAACAGCCGCAGCGGAGGUGUGGGUGGUGCUGCUACAGAAUCUGGGUAUGGCAGAACGAGCAAACCGGGUAGAUCAAAUGCGAGAAAGGAUUUUUUGACGACAAACACUCGGGAACAACUGGCUUCCGAGACCCACAGAGUCCAAUCCCCCAGCCUUCACGAUCUAGCCAAUGCAGUGGAUACCUUUACCAGCAGCAACCACACCACCACCCACGCUUCGUCCACCGUCAACACUCCACCUUUACCCUCCUUCUCACCCCACCCUUCAUACCUCCAUCACCAACAGCAUAGCACCAACAGCAAUACAGCGACAUCAGCAGGAGGAGGAGGGAUCGGAUGGGAUUGGGAUAAGACCUUCUUCCCUUCUCCCACUCCGGGCAAUGGCGCGGCGUCGAUCAGUGGCAAUUCGUCGUCAGGAGGAGGGGACGUUCUGGCCAACGUUCCGCUGCUGUUGGACACGCAGGAUUGGUUGGCUAUUCUGGAUGGGGUUGAUAUCCCGCUCUAG